AUGGCCUUAAGUGAAGGGAAAGAUAAAAUUGAGGGGAACCCAUCUUUAUAUUUAAACUCGCAUAGAAGGCAGAAGGUUGCAGAUAUCCUCAGAUUAAGGGCUGGUUUUAAUGCAGCAUCGUAUUCGCAGAAUUUAAGGCAUUUAAAACAGAGUUCCAAAUAUGAGAAAUGUAAGUGAAAUGAGAAAGAAAUCCACCUGUUUAAUGAUUGUCUUUUGAAUGAAGAUGAAAGAGCUGAUUUAUUAAUGGAGUUAGGGAAAAAUGGAAUGCUAGAGGAGGUGAUCAGAAGAAGAUUUGUGGUGCAUGAUGUUGAGCUAUAUGUGAAGAAAUUUGUUGUUUGGAUGAAAGAGGAACAUGCUGGAGAAUUUGGGGAAGUAGAUGACGAAAUAAAAACAUUUAUUUAUAGAGUGAAGUUGAAGAAAAAAAAAAGGGAGAAAUGCGGUACAUCCGCGAUAAAAUUUAAGUUAUAA